CGUUUUCACGUGUACCGAACUGAACUGUUGGUCGGUAACUAGCGGCUUUUCUCGACCACAUUUGACCUGAAAGGAACUGAAGUGCCGUAUUUCGUGUUCACCAAGAGGAUUUCAAUCGCAGGACCACUGAAUUAAUAAGUCUCAGAGGAUGGCUUUAUUAUAGACGCAUCCGUCCCUGAUGUAACGUAGCCGAACGGACAUGCCACGUCGUCUUAGCACACCUGAACACGUGUGAAAGCCCCUGAUGAGGAGGAGGAGGAUGGGGAUGCCCUGACCCGUGACGUCAUGGAGGAAUACACCUGUAAGGUUACUAGCAGCAGCGGCCAGUGAAGGGUUGAUUCGUCCACAUCACCUGCUCGUCCCCUCCAGCAAUGGGAAGGAUUAGCAUUUCCUGCCUGUUUCCAGCAUCCUGGCACUUCAGCCUGUCUCCGGUGGUUCUGCCGCGGUUCCUGUUGCCUUCCUUCAGGCAGUUGCUGCUGCUGGGUCUGUUGGCUGGUGUGAUGGGGCUGCUGUACCUGCUGCUGGUCACAGGGAAGGGCCAGUACAGCUGGUUAAGAGAGGACCGACACCUCCACACACGUUUGGGUCGGGUGCCGGACAUGGAGGCCACAGACACCAAUAACCCCAACCUGAACUACGGGCUGGUGGUGGACUGUGGCAGCAGUGGCUCCCGUGUGUUUGUGUACACCUGGCCUCGGCACAACGGCAACCCGCAUGAGCUCCUAGACAUCAAACAGAUGCGAGACAAGAACAGGAAGCCUGUAGUCAUGAAGAUCAAGCCAGGUAUUUCUGAGUAUGCAUCAACACCAGAUAAGGCCAGCGACUACAUCAGCCCUCUGCUGAGCUUUGCUGCUCAGCACAUCCCUAAGAACAAGCACCAGGAAACGCCCCUCUACAUCCUGUGCACCGCGGGAAUGAGAGUCCUGCCUGAAAGCCAACAGGAGGCCCUGCUGGAGGAUUUGCGGACUGACAUUCCUGUAAAUUUCAACUUCUUGUUCUCCGACUCCCAUGUGGAAGUUAUCUCAGGCAAACAGGAAGGAGUAUAUGCAUGGAUAGGAAUCAACUUUGUCCUGGGCCGAUUCAAUCAUGUUGAGGAUGAACAUGAGGCAGUGGUGGAGGUGCAGGUUCCUGGCAGUGACCAGCAGGAGACGCUGGUACGCAAGCGUACGGCUGGCGUAUUGGACAUGGGUGGUGUCUCCACUCAGAUCGCAUACGAAGUGCCCAAAACUGUAAGCUUUGCUUCUCCACAACAGGAGGAAAUAGCCAAGAAUUUGCUGGCGGAGUUUAACCUGGGCUGUGACGCUCACAGAACAGAACACGUGUACCGCGUUUACGUCUCAACAUUUUUGGGUUUCGGUGGAAAUGCGGCCCGCCAGAGAUAUGAGGAAAACCUCAUCAGCACCACACAAAUCCGAAACAAGCUGCUGGGUCAGCAUCAAGGAGAGAGUGCAGACUCGCCCAUCCUCGACCCCUGCCUGCCAGCCGACCUCCAGGAUGAGGUGGGUCCUCAGGAGCAGAGGGUGCACCUGCGUGGCACUGGAGACUUCGAUCGCUGCCGUCUGCUGCUCCAGCCGUUCCUCAACCACACCAAUGACACCAACACAUCGCUGAAUGGAGUCUAUCAGCCGCCCAUCGACUUCACCAACAGCCAGUUCUACGGCUUCUCUGAGUUCUACUACUGUACUGAAGAUGUGCUGCGCAUGGGAGGAGACUACAACUCCUCCAAAUACUCCAACGCUGCUAAGAGUUACUGUGCCACCCAGUGGAAGACUUUGAAAGAGCGGUUUGAUCGAGGACUUUACGCCUCACAUGCUGAUCAACAUAGAUUGAAGUAUCAGUGCUUCAAGUCUGCAUGGAUGUAUGAGGUGCUGCACUCAGGAUUUGCGUUUCCAGCGGCGUAUGAGAAUCUCAGGACGGCCCUGCUGGUGUAUGACAAAGAAGUGCAGUGGACACUAGGAGCCAUUUUGUACCGCACACGUUUUCUACCUCUGAGGGAUAUCCCGCAGGAGAGUCUGAAAGGCUCUCACUCUCACUGGCACCACAGCUUCUCCUUCAUGAACAACCACUAUCUGUUCCUGGCCUGUUUUCUGGUGGUGGUUCUGUCCAUCCUCCUCUACCUGCUCCGGCUGAGACGCAUACACAAGCGCUCCACACUCCUGCACAGUGCCUCUGGCUCCGUCCAGUGGCUGGAGGAGGGCCUGGGUUCACCAGACCUCACUGUUACCCUGUAGGGCCUGGACCAGCUGGCCAAUCACUGGAGGAGACGUACCUCUCUAAUAAUCACGGUUUUGUAUCCUAUCAAGUCCUUCUCUUACCGUCAUCACGUCCAGCCCCUCGCUGGCACAGAAUAAUUUGCAAAGGACUCUACAUGACAUUUGCAGCCAAUGCCAGUCAAACUUUGGUGUAAUGUGAAGAUUGCAGCUCUGGAAAGGACCGUAUGGCUGCCUCUGAUCAGCUGUGAUGUUUAGUUGUUUAUUUAUUAAGAGGAACGCUGAGGCUGCCUUUUGAUUUUCAAUGUCACUAUCAAUGUGAAAGAGGACAGGUCACUUGAGUAUGUUUUAUAUACGUGUCCCCGAUUUGGAUACUCCAUAGUCUACACAAGGUUCUUCCGGCUGUUGCCUCAACUCAAGACUGUGCGCAUGAUUAAACAUUUAUUAAAUUUGUUUGGUUGUGCCAAAGAGAAA